GUUUUUAAUAAUAUAUUUAAAUUUAGACAAGAGAAGAACUGAAAGAUGCAUUAGAAAAUGAAAUUAGGGCUUUUAAUAUGGAUAGAGACCUAAGCAGAAAUACUGUUAUUUCUUGGAACCAUACAGAAUUUGAAAUUCAUUAUCCAUCUUUAGUAGAAGAAAUCAAAAUAGGAGAUUAUUAUUUGCGUUUAUUAUUAGAAGAAGAUGAAAGUGAUAGCGCUGGAAAUUCGCGAAUUAAACGAUCUUAUGAAUUCUUCAAUGAUCUUUAUCAUCGAUUUCUUUUAACUACAAAAGUCGCAAUGAGAGCGAUGUGUCUGCAGGCAAUGGCAAUCGUCUAUGGACGGCAUCAUGAGGAUAUAGGUCCAUUUAAUGAUACACGAUAUAUAGUAGGAAUGCUGGAAAGAGUUAAGUUUCUUGAUUUUAUAGAAAUAUAAAUUUGAUUUCAUACACUGUAUCUAGUAGAGAAAUGGUCUUUACUUUAAUUCAUUGAGAUGAAAUAAUA